AUGGCUUCAUCUUUGCAUCACAAUCCCCAGAUCGGCACACCAGCACUAUUUGAUUCCUUCAUAUUUGAAAGUAUCGGCCUCAUGCCGCUUUAUGGUGAUUUUGUUGGCAUGGACAAUGUCGACUUCAUGGUGUAUUUGGCUCUGGGACAUGGGCUGGCAUUGUACCCUCUAUAUGCGAGUUCUUCCUUAGAGGUCACACAGAGCAAGGAAGUCCCUGUGUAUGUCAGUUCUUAUAUUGCUUCGGACACUGUGAUGUCGGACGACAUAGGCCGCACCUACCAUUCCAACGACGCUACCUUCGCGUCUACGUCAGACAGUGUUGGUCAUGCGAUCAUUCUAAUGAUCCGCGCCUACCAUUCCAACGACGCCGUCAUGACAGAUACACAUUAUGGUGAUCAAUAUAUGACAUCCGAAGAUCUAACUAGCGACAAUACAUCCGAGGAUAACGGCGCCCCCAGUGUCCGUCAAUCUCGUGCAGACUGCAGACGCACUCGGACCAAAUCCAACAAGACAAAGGCGGAAAAAUCAGCUAAAUCCGAAAAGUCAGCUAAACCCGAACAGUCAGCUAAACCCAAAAAACCAGCUCCAUCUGAAAUGGGCCUCAAAAGUGUUAUGAAAAAAUACCCAGGGUGGAAAGUGGCCUUUGCCCACCUCCGGUCCUUACUACGAAUAGCGGUCUGCUUAGGCAGAGUCGGCAAUCCCCACCUACUCAAUUUUGAACGGAAGGCAGAUGCUAUCCAUGAUACCUGGCCUCAAGCUCUCCUUCUGGCCAAUAUCAGGGCUGAUGAUUUGGAAGAAGUUGCGUCGCUUACCAGCAGCACUCCUAUGUCUCGUGAAAAUGUGUUGAAACUCGCGCUUAGCGUUGUGCACAAUCAGGCCACUCUCAUGCAGGCUUUGGCUUUGACGACAGUACCUGCGGGUGUAUUGUUGCUUGACCUAGUCCAGGGUGUGCUUCAGCAGUUCAUGAGACCAAAAUCAAAUAGAUUUCCGAUCAAAGAUAACGGGUUUGCUUGGUUCUUUGGCUGCCAAAUAGCCAAGGAGAUCAUGUGGCACAUUAUUUUUCGUUCUUCUCUGACUCAUGGUGUUCGACUCGUGUUGGCCGAUAUGGAGCUGGCAACAUUCAGAAAUGUCGAUCAUCCGCCAGUUUCCAACUAUGUCUCUGUUGGGGUCUAUAUCCAGCCACAGAAUGAUGUGUACGACCAACUCUGCGAGACGGCUGUCGAACUUGUGGGGCAGUCCGAUGACGAGGAUCACCCGAAACUCAUGACCGACUUGUCUAAUCUAUGCAGGAUUGUCAUCGACGAUGUCUAUCGGCUUGGCCGACCGUCAAAAAAGUCUAAGAUGAAAGUGGACUCGCCAGAGUAA